AUGAUGCAUGCAGUCGCUCAAGCUGAUAUUAUAUUCAGAAACGCUGAUUUCAAUGAAGAUGGAAUUCCUGAUAAUAUUGGUUUUUCAGUGAAGUACAUAUUAGUACUGACUUCAAAUGACACGAACACACGAGUAUUCGGAGAUCUAUUAAAAGACAAAGCGAUAGACGGACGAGCCUACCUUAUGCGUUUUGCCAGACUCCGACGACUGUCUGAAGUAUGUCUUGGUGUGGCAUUUUCUGGACAUGCUUUUCAUAAUAGAACUCUGGGUCUCAGUUUUACUUCCCUUGGGGGAGGAAUGGGAGGAGCAGCUGGUGGGCUUUGUGACCGGCGCGCAUACGGGCGCUCAUUUAACACACUAGCUAUAGCACACGCCACCACAGAGGCAAUGAGUAGGGUUCCUGAGAGAAUCGCUGCUCUCACACUUGCUCACGAGAUGGGUCACAGUUUUGGCGCCCACCACGACGAUAAUUUCCCCAACCCUGAGUGUCGAGGAUACCUCAUGGGGUCUCAGUCCUCGACUGUAGUCAAUGGCUUAAACUUCGAGUUCUCGUUGUGCAGCAAACGAUUGAUCGCCGCCACGCUAAGCAGCAUGAGCUAUUGUUUGAUGGAAGAGGAUCGACCUUAUUGUGGGAAUGGAAUAGUAGAAGAAGGUGAAUCCUGCGACUGUGGACUGCCGUCUCAUUGCAUUCAUAAAGACCCUUGCUGUACACCACGAGGUGGUGGUGCUCUCGUCUUCGAAGAAGGGACGCUACACAAAGAUGGAUGUUCAGUAGCUCCAUCAGCCAUGUGCCACCCAUCCCAAGGACUAUGCUGCACCGCCAAAUGUCAGCUUGCAGACCUCGUAAAAAGUGGUAUUGACUGCAGAGAUCAAGACAGAGAGUGUACAUGUGAGGUCCUGUCGGCAAAGUGUCGGUGUGGUCUGAACGGAAGGUGCAUGUCUGACGGGUCAUGUCACGCGGCCGAGUGCGCCACGCUGGGGCUCAGAGAGUGCCAGUGUGUCAAGAAACCACGGGCAGAAGGGCUCUUACGGGGUUCAAUGUUAGGCGAGAUGAAUAUGUGCGGUAUUUGCUGCGAGGUCCCAAUCACUGGCGGGCGGCCGCAGUGCGUGGGCGUGGAGGAGGCAGCCCGGGAGAGACUGGCCGCUAACACACCGCUACCAAAGAACUGGCCUGAUGAAGAGUAUAGAGGACCGAAUGUAACAAUACGUCUAUGCGAGGACUACUCGUGCAACAGCACAUGGGUGCGGGCUUGGAACGCCGGCAGUGUAUGCGUCACUCAGAACGUGGUCGGCAUAUGCUCACCGCGCGGUCUGUGCAAGCUUGACUUUAUCACGCCGCGGUCCAACGUAUACCCAGAUAUCAUGAACAUUCGCCUGACAGGAGCAAAAAAUCUGUCAAGAAGCCUAAAACCAGUUUCGAUAAUAUUCUUUUGUAAUUUAUUUUUGCUCUGUUUUAUAAAAUAA